AUGGGGGCCGAUUCGCAGACGAAAAUAAUUUUGUGUGCUAAAACGCCCGAGCUCCUCGAGACGGCCAUCGCCGAUCGGAAGCCAGAACCCUCACAGACUGCCCCGCACAUCGCUCCGGCGAAGGUCGACAGCCUCACCGAUGAGGUGACACAAUCCGACUCAACCCUCUCCGGGGCGCAGUUCGAAAAGGUGCUCCAAACCUGCAGCAAUGUGGUGCACGAGGCCGAAGUAGACCGGAAGCUGAAGGAGAUUGGGUCCGCCACGCCGAUCCUGCCGUCCGAGAUCGGUACGGAUUUCAACUUCAAGCGCGAGAUCGUCUGGAAGAACGUGAUAGGAUUCCUGCUGUUGCACAUUUGUGGCUGGGUCGGGUUGCAUCUGGCGUUCUGGCGGUAUUGUGACUACCGCACCACGAUCUAUUCAUUUUGGCUGAUGUACGCCUCUGGACAGGGUGUCACGAUGGGAGCACAUCGACUCUGGUCUCACCGGGCGUUCAAGGCGAAGCUCUGGCUGAGGAUCAUCCUGCUGUGGAUGCAUACACUGGCCGGGCAGAACUGCCUGUACGUGUGGGUUCGCGACCACCGGCAACAUCACAAGUUCUCGGACACGGACGCCGACCCGCACAACGCGAACCGUGGAUUCUUCUUUUCGCACAUCGGCUGGCUGCUGUCCCGUAAGCACCCCAAGGUGAUCGAAUACGGCAAGAAGAUCGACAUGUCCGAUCUGGAGGCUGAUCCGUUGAUCAUGUUCCAAAAGGAUCACUACAAACUUCUGUACACAAUUUUCGCUCUUUUCGGCCCCACGGCCAUCCCGGUGUACUUCUGGGGUGAGAACGUCUGGUAUGCGCUGUUCGUAGCGUUCUUCUUCCGUACCGUGCUCAGCCUGAACGGGACCUGGUCGGUCAACAGUGCUGCACACAUGUUUGGCACGCGUCCAUACGACAAAACGAUGUGGCCGGUGGAAAACAUGUUCGUAUCGUUCGUGGCCGUCGGUGAGGGUUGGCACAACUACCACCAUGCCUUCCCGUGGGAUUACCGGGCGUCGGAGUACGGAACACCCCUAAACCUGACCGGGACACUGAUCGAUCUGUUGGCGAAGUUUGGCGCAGUGUACGAUCGCAAGACGGCCACUCCAAACAUGGUUAAGAAUCGAGUAAUGCGAACCGGUGACAAGUCCCACCAUACGUACGGUACGGAUGAGGGCCGUAAAGCAUUCACCACCUUGUGGAACGUGUGGAAGCAUCCGUCCAACCCGAGCUACAACUCGAUCCAUACGCCCAAGCCGAAGAUCCUGCAGUCCGACGGGUACGCGCUCAUUCCGGACGAGCUGAAGCAAUCCGAGCGUGACGAGGACAUCCUGUCCAAGGAGAACGAAGAGCUGAUGCGGCGCCAGCAGGAGGAGGAAAGCCGCACGACAGAGGCGAACCAAAUCUACACGAAGUUGUCGAAGUACAUCAAAGAGCAGCAGCAGACGGUGCCGGAACUGGCCGACGAUUUGAUGCUGCUGUCGAACAACAACGUCGACAAGGUGGCAACGGUGCCGGGCAAGGCUGCCCUGAACGUCGUCGACUGCAACGACAAUGCGCUCGUGAAGCGAAAAACCGCCGUAGGACCUCUGGCGUCCUCUGGCUCAGGCCACCUGUAG